AUAACCUAAAUGCGAUCAUAAAGUGAAACAACGAAUUUCUUAUUAAACUAAACGAUUUACACCUAAUUACAACGUAAUGAGGUGACACACAUUUUAAUAGUUAUUAAAUUAUAUUAAUUAUAAAAACUGAGACCAUGGAAGAGCAGAAGAAAAUCGUGUACAUUUACAGCGAUAAUUUGCGAAAACAAUGUGAUCGUAUACCAACAAUGCUGAACAGAGCAUCAGUGGUGCAAGAUUUAAUCAGUUCAUAUGAAAUUAUGUCCAGUAAGAAACUCCUAAUUGUGCAAAGCUUAGAUGCAACUGAAGAAGAAUUAAAACUCUUCCAUUCUUCCGAUUUUAUAGAUUUUAUGAAACGUAUAAAUGACUCUGAUGAAUUUGAAAAGUAUGAAGAUGAACAGGAAGAAUUUGGUUUGGGAUAUGACUGUCCCAUUCUUGAUAAACAUUAUGAUUUUGUGAAGACCCUUGCUGGGGGUUCUUUAACAGCUGCUAAGAUUUUAGCCAGAGGGAAAUGCCACGUUGCUAUAAACUGGUUUGGUGGCUGGCACCAUGCCCAAAGAGAUUCAGCAGCUGGUUUUUGUUAUGUAAAUGAUAUUGUUUUAGCUAUUCAAAAAUUAACUGAAACUUUUAAUAAAAUUUUAUAUGUAGAUCUGGAUAUACAUCAUGGUGAUGGCGUUCAAAACGCUUUUGAAUUUAGUAAAAAAAUUCUGACUUUGUCAUUUCAUAAAUUGAUGCCAGGUUUUUUCCCUGGGACUGGUAGGCUUGAAGAUUGUGGAAGUUGCAAAGGAAAAUAUUAUAGCAUUAAUGUGCCUGUGUUGGAAGGUGUCAGUGACACUACUUUCCUCAAAUUUUUUAUUACUGUUUUACCAAGAGUUAUGGAAGCAUUUCAACCUGAAGCUUUAGUAGUACAGUGUGGAGCAGACUCUUUAAAUGGUGAUGAAAUAGGACAAAGUAACUUAACACUGAAGUCAGUUGGUGAAUGUAUUAAAAAAAUCUUGGAAUACAGAAAACCUACUCUUUUUUGUGGAGGAGGUGGAUACAAUUUUGCUAAUACUGCAAGACUGUGGACUUAUUUGACUUCAAUCAUUGUUGAACAGGAUAUUGAUAAUGACAUACCAGACUCUAGUGAGUUUUUUACUAACUAUGGGCCAACAUAUGAACUUCACAUUGAUACAGGUAAUCAGAAAGAUUUAAAUACGGAUAAGUACAUUUCUGAAGUGGUGGGAACAGUGUCUUCAUAUUGUGUUUUUAUCCAGAAUGAUCAUGUGUAAAAAGUUAAGGCAGGAAAUUUUUAUCAGACUGCAACUACAUCAGCCAAUAAAUUUGUAGUGGUUUUAAUUGUAUUAAGUACUAUUUUAAGAUGAAUGUGUUCAAUAAAACUUUA